CGCACGCAAGCGACGCACGGCCAUGGCGCAUGCGCGGAGGCCCCGCGCUGAGGCGGCCCCUGGCGGAUGCGCGGCAACAGCGGAGUGGACGCACCGUAUGGGAUCCCAUGGCUGCCCCUCCUGCACUCUGGGGCCCCUUGGCCCAUGUUAGCAGAGCACUUGGCCAGCGUGCUUUCAGCACCACGGGCAGCCUCAGUGCAAUCCAGAAGAUGACGCGGGUGCGUGUGGUGGACAACAGUGCCUUGGGCAACACCCCAUACCACCGCCCUCCCCGCUGCAUCCACGUCUACAACAAGAACGGGGUAGGCAAGGUGGGCGACAGAAUCCUGCUGGCCAUCAAGGGGCAGAAGAAGAAGGCGCUCAUCGUGGGGCACCGCAUGCCUGGCCCCCAGAUGACCCCCAGGUUCGACUCCAACAACGUGGUCCUCAUUGAGGACAACGGCAACCCUGUGGGGACUCGGAUUAAAGUGCCAGUGCCCACGAGCCUGCGCCGGAAGGAGGGCGAGUACUCCAAAGUGCUGGCCAUAGCACAGAACUUCGUGUGAACGGGCGGAGCGCAGCCUGCACUUGGCUGCGUGGACAGCGCCCCUCAGGGCGGGUGGCGGUGUCCUCGGAGGGAAUAAACAUUUUCGUGCACAGCUGCUUCCUGUGCAUCUGGGUUGGGACUGUGAGGCUGACCAUACCCAGCCCCGUGGGGUGACAGCCUGCCCCCUGCUUUUCUCGUUGGGGCUGUGUGACAUGAGUUCACUCAGACUUGAUAGGCUUGGGAAACCGGGUACAAGUCAGUUGUCUAUAAAUGUGCCAUAGGGUCUGCCACUUUCUAACCCAAA